CUUGGAUUAAACAUACAGCCGGAAGAAGAGAAGAAGACUCAGAUUUGUUCACACCGUAGAAGCUCCGAACUCGAGGUUCGACCAGAACCCGGUCCAAAGAGCCAGUUUCCUAAACGACAUCGCCUGCAGGAUGGCCUUGAUCUCGUUGGAGGAUCUCGAGGGUUUGGAUGACGAGCAGCUGGAUGAUGACAUCAGUGAUGCCCCUGAGCCAAUGGCCGAAGAGGAGCAAGACCGGCUGCUGAGCCACUGGCAGGCUGUGGCCAGCACCCACCAGGUGUCGGUUCCUGCAGAGAUGACCGGACCCAUCCAGGAAAUGACACGAAACAGCCAGCAGACGGAGCCCCUCCCCUUCGGCGUCCUCUCCCGCCAUGAGAAGAUGGGCGAGGUUCUGUACGAGGAGCGGAUCUACCCAGCAGGGAACUGGGUCAGCGUGACUCGCGGGGAGGAGCUGUACGAGCAGAGCAUCUCGCUGGCUUUCAUGAAGCUAAUGCGCUUCAUCUGCAAGGAGAACUCUUCAGGUCAGUACCUGGGGAUGACUGUACCAGUCGUCAGCAGCAUUCAGAUGCAGGACUGUGAGACGUUUGAGAAGAAAGUUGAGACGGCAUUCUUCCUUCCUGCCAGAUUCCAGAGUAAUGUGCCGCAAUCCUUGGACUCUGACAUCACCAUCACCCACAGGGAACCAUUCAGAGUAAUCGCAAGGACGUUCUAUGGGACGACCACAGAGCAGACUGUGAGCUCGCAGAUCCGCCUCCUUUGGGAGCUCCUCGGCGUCAGCGAUGGCUUCCACCGCAACCGCUACAUGGUGGCUGCGUACGACAACCCUGCGGCGCCGCGGCGCCGGAACGAGAUCUGGUUCCUCCACAGGAACAUGUAGGCUCCGCCCACAGAGCCCGCCUCUAUCUUCACCAAUUGAGCCCUCGUUUUUGCAAACUCCUCCAUUUGCUCUGAGUACAGGAAGUGCCAUCUAAUUGAUCGCUUCUUGACUCGAGUUCACCUCCCUGACAAUGAAGUCUCGUUUUGUUUUGUUUUUUAUGACAUCACUUCCUAUUCAUCCCUGAAAGAGUAACAUCACUACCUGUUUGAUGUCAGUGUCUUGCUACUUCCUGUUUUUUACUUCCUGUCUGUACAUACCUGAUAGAACUUUGCGAUGUACAGUUUUCUAUUUUAGUGCAACUGAAUGUUUUGUAAUCUGUAUUGUGGUGUUGUGGAUGUCUGGGUAGAUCAGGAGGCGGAGCCUGUUUCCUCCGCUGCCAAAGAUGUAUUUAAUGUCACUUAAUGAAAUCAGAAACUAGAUUUUCAGCUCAUCAUUUUGAACGUUUCUCUUUCUGUAUAAAAAAAACACAAAUGAAUAAACUGACCUGUAUUGACCCAACUGGAAGCGUAAAAUUUAUGAUUCAGGAAAGCAGCAGCGCCCCCCGGCUGC